AUGCUCCACGCAGAGCGCAGAAACGCGUUCUCUUCCGCAAUCCUCGCGCUGUUGGUGGCCGCCAGGAGCACGACGGCCAUCUUGCACAAGCACCUCUCCUUCGUGCCCCCGUUCCUGGACGUGGAUCACUUCGGCAAGCGGACGGUAGGGUUCGAGUGGGACGUGACGGGAGAGGCCAAGGUCAUGAGAAACUUCGUUCGGCUCACUCCCGAUAGACAGGUGUGUGUGUGA